CUAAGAAGACUCACCUGGUUGGUUUUCACCCCAGUCUGAGUGUAUAAAAGGAGAAGCCGAUGGCUCAGGAGUGCAGAACGCUUCACCUCAAAGAGGAGCCAAGUCACUGCAGGAGAAACGACUGAUCUUCACAAGCUGAAGCAAGGAUGAACUCCGGGAUCCAGUGCAUCGUUCUUCUGGCCUGCGUCGCCUUCUGCUCCUCAGCCAGUAUUAUGAAGUGCCAGUGCAUAAAAACGAUUUCUGCAGUACGGCGCCAUCUCAUCGCUGAUGUGAUAGUGCAUAAACCUGGUCCGACCUGCAGCCAACAGCAAGUGAUUGUCAUCCUGAAAAAUGCAACCCGGCUCUGUCUUGACCCUGAGGGACAUCAGGCUCAAGACCUCAUCAGAUCACUGAAAGCUAAAGAAAUGCAAACAAAGACUCAGAAGCCGAGCAGUGUCAACACAAAAGAAACUACUGCAACAACAACUACUGCAGCAACCACAACUACUGUAGCAACAACAACAACUGCAGCAACCACAACUACUGUAGCAACCACAACUACUGUAGCAACAACAACAACUGCAGCAACCACAACUCCUGCUGCAACACCAACAUCAGCAGCUACAAUGUCAACAGCAGCAGCAACAGAAACAGAAACAUCAGUAGCAGCAGCAGCAGCAACAGAAACAGCAGCAGCAGAAACAUCAGUAGCAGCAGCAGCAACAGAAACAGCAGCAACAUCAACAUCAGUAGCAGCAACAGAAACAGCAGCAACAUCAACAUCAGUAGCAGCAACAGAAACAGCAGCAACAUCAACAUCAGUAGCAGCAGCAGAAAACAGCAGCAACAUCAACAUCAGUAGCAGCAACAGAAACAACAGCAGCAGCAACAUCAGUAGCAGCAACAGAAACAGAAACAGCAGCAACAUCAACAUCAGUAGCAGCAACAUCAGUAGCAGCAACAGAAACAGAAACAGCAGCAACAUCAACAUCAGUAGCAGCAACAUCAGUAGCAGCAGCAGAAACAGAAACAGCAGCAACAUCAACAUCAGUAGCAGCAACAGAAACAGAAACAGCAGCAACAUCAACAUCAGUAGCAGCAACAGAAACAGAAACAGCAGCAACAUCAACAUCAGUAGCAGCAACAGAAACAGAAACAGCAGCAACAUCUCUGUAAUUUGUUUGCAGAGUUGCACCACAUUAAGAAUAUUAACUCAGCAAAGACCUGAAACAGAGAAAAGACAAGUUUUAGUUGUCAUGAAGUCUUGGCCCAAUUUGACUUUCAAAUCUGUCAGUUCCUUUGUGUAAUGUAUUUUGAUGUGAUAUAAUUUAAUUAGCGGAUAAUUCAAUUCAUGGAUGUAAUUUAUGAGCAACAGUUGUUUAUUGUCAGCAAUUAUCUGUAUAAUUUGAAGUAUUUAAAUAUGCAUGUUAUUAUUAUAUUUUUUUUAUUCCAAUUCAUUUCUAUAUGAUGCCAGAGAUAGAAACAUAUGUUAUAAUAAACAAUUGAUAG